ACUGUGCACUGGUAAAUCGAGUGUACUAAAAAGACACAACAGCUGUCUUUUCUCUUUCCGUUUCCUUUUUCGUGAACGCUUCCAAAAUGAAAGCUAAGGGACAGUUGAAGGAAUACGAGGUCAUCGGCCGCAAGUUGCCCUCCGAAAAGGAGCCUCAAACUCCUUUGUACAAGAUGAGAAUCUUUGCUCCCGACAACAUUGUUGCCAAAUCCCGUUUCUGGUACUUCUUGCGCCAAUUGAAAAAGUUCAAGAAGACCACCGGUGAAAUUGUCAGCCUUAAACAGGUGUACGAAACCUCACCCACCAAAAUCAAGAACUUUGGUAUCUGGUUGCGUUACGAUUCCCGUUCCGGCACCCACAACAUGUACCGUGAAUACCGUGACUUGACUGUUGGUGGUGCUGUCACCCAAUGCUACCGUGAUAUGGGUGCCCGUCAUCGUGCCCGUGCCCACUCCAUCCAAAUCAUCAAGGUUGAAGCUAUCCCCGCUAGCAAGACCCGCCGUGUUAAUGUUAAACAAUUCCACGACUCCAAGAUCAAGUUCCCCUUGGUACAACGUGUCCACCACAAGGGCAACAGAAAAUUGUUCUCAUACAGAAAGCCAAGAACCUACUUCUUGUAAAUCUUGUUGUGGGG